AUGUUCCCUUCAUUUCUAGCUCUCCUUUGCAUCCUGAAUUUCAACCAACUCCUCACAGCACAAAACCCUAAUCCCGACCACAACACCUUACAAACAUACAUCGUCCACGUCGAGCCUCAAUCCAGCGAUCUCAAUGCCUUCUACGACACAUUUUUCGCGACGGACGUGGCGGCGGCCGCGCCCCGCAUUUUGCACCGCUACCGCCACGUGCUCACCGGCUUCUCCGCGAAGUUAUCGGCCGACGAGUUAGAAUCGCUUCGCCACAAGGAAGGAUUCAUCUCCGCCCGCCCCGAGCGAGUGUAUCAGCUCCACACCACGCAUUCGCCCAACUUCUUAGGUCUAAUCCAAAACGAAGGGUUUUGGAAAGGCUCCAACUACGGCAAGGGCGUCAUAAUCGGCUUGCUCGACACCGGAAUCACGCCGGGCCACCCCUCGUUCAGCGACGAGGGGAUGCCACCCCCUCCCGCCAAGUGGAAGGGCAAGUGCGACCUCGCCCCGGGGGCUUGCAACAACAAGCUGAUCGGGGCGAGGCGCUUCGGCUCUGGAGGAGCCGGGACCCCGGCUGACGAGGUCGGCCACGGCACGCACACCGCCAGCACGGCCGGCGGGAACUUCGUGCCGGGUGCCGGCAUCUUCGGCAAUGCCAACGGUACGGCCGCCGGCAUCGCGCCUUCCGCUCAUCUGGCCAUAUAUAAAGUCUGCGCCCUCACCGGCUGCCCCGAGAGCGACAUAAUGGCGGGGUUCGACGCCGCCAUCGAGGACGGCGUCGACGUGCUCUCGGUGUCCCUCGGCGGGAACACGGCCCCCUUCUACAGCGACAGCAUCGCCAUCGGCGCGUACAGAGCCAUGGAAAGAGGAAUUCCCGUGGUCUGCUCGGCCGGGAACAGCGGCCCCUACCACGGCUCCAUGUCGAAUGAGGCCCCAUGGAUCCUCACCGUCGGCGCCGCCACCCUUGACCGGGAACUCACCUCCACCGUAGUCCUCGGAAACGGCGAGGAACUGGACGGCGAGUCGGCGAGGGAUUUCCCCCCGACGGCUGAAUUGGAAAUCGUCUACCCCUACGACCGCGAGAGCCCGUACGCACCCUGCAGUUAUGAUCAAUUACAGAAUCUCAAUGUUGCCGGAAAGAUAGUGAUAUGUGAAUUAGGAGGCUUCGUCACAAGAACAGGUAAAGGAGUCGCCGUCAAGAGCGCCGGCGGCGCCGCCAUGAUCCUCUUGAAUUCUGUACGCCAAAGCUACACGGUCUCUGCAGAAGCCCAUGUUCUACCCGCAUCGCACAUCAGCUUCGCAGACGCAACCAAAUUGAAAGCAUACCUAAAUUCCACCACUAACCCUAAGGCCAAAAUGGUAUUCAAAGGAACCCUAAUCGGCGGGGACAAACUCAAACCUGCUCCCGCCGUCGCUUACUACUCAUCAAGGGGCCCCAGCGUCGCAAGCCCCGGAAUUCUGAAACCCGACAUCAUCGGCCCCGGCAACAACAUCCUCGCCGCUUGGAACACGCCGCUCGACAACAGUUCAAACAACUUCAACAUGAUCUCCGGCACCUCCAUGUCGUGCCCUCACCUCAGCGGCGUCGUGGCGCUGCUGAAGAGCGCGCACCCCGACUGGUCGCCGGCGGCCAUAAAGUCCGCCAUCAUGACCACUGCGGAUCAGGUGAACCGCGACGGAAAACCAAUCGAAGAUGAGACGCUUGAGGCGGCGGAGGUCGUCGCAACGGGCGCAGGGCAUGUUAAUCCGGCCAAGGCCAACGAUCCCGGGCUCGUCUACGACCUCGGCCCCGACGACUACAUACCCUACUUGUGCGGCUUGAAUUUCAGCAAUGAACAAGUGAGCAUGAUUGUGCAGCGGCCCGGCGUGGUUUGCUCGAAGCAAUCGAGCAUUGCUGAGGCGCAGCUGAACUACCCGUCGUUCUCGAUCAGGCUGGGAUCAACUCCGCAGAAUUAUACGAGAACGGUCACCAACGUUGGUGAGGCGAACUCGGUGUACAAAGUGGGCGUCGUUGCUCCUCGCGGCGUCGAUGUAAAGGUCAAUCCGGCUACGCUGCAAUUCUCCAAGGUGGGGCAGAAAUUGGGGUAUAGUGUGACAUUCAGCGGGUUGGGCGGUGGGAGAGGGAGAAAAGAAGUUGCUCAAGGAGUGAUUAGAUGGAGUUCAAGCAAGCAUUCUGUUAGCAGCCCGGUCGCAGUUAUGUUUGUAUGA